AUCAAUAUGGAAUGAUAGUUCGAGCUAAAAAUCGGGAAGAUGCAGAAAAAAUAUUAGGAGGAGAUUUUAUACUUCCGAAGGAUGGGCAGAAUCCGGAAUAUUAUCUUAAUAAUGGCUGUGAAAAAUUUGUUAGAAUAGAAUAG